CCUUUAUGACGUCUUACGCUCUUUGGUAAUCCGUUUUGCUCAUCCGGAGAAACUGUAACAUUACUGACGAUGUACGCUGUACGUGGUGGAACCUCCACUCCGGAACCCACCCGCGGAAAAUUCAGCAGACUAGAGGAGAAAAUAUCCCGAGCGCCUCUCGAGACCUUCCGGAAACAGGCGAAGAGCAUCGCUCGCCGUCGUUCGGACAAAGUCGCCUUGCGAGUCGGAGGUACUCGGUUUCAGGUCUCCAGACACAUCUUGGACUUCCAUCCGGACACGUUGCUAGGCAGUGAGGAACGCGAGCGCUUCUUUGACCAGGACGCUCAGGAGUACGUCUUUCCCGAUCGAGACCCUGAGAUUUUCCGAUACGUGCUGAGCUACUAUCAAACGGGGAUGCUUCACUUUCCUUUCGAAGAGGAGUUGCUGGACUAUCAGCAGGAACUCUUGGCCUUCGGCUUCGACUUAGAUCAGCUCGAACAAGUCAUCAGCAGCUGUUGUCUGGAGUUUUACGAAGACAAGCAGGAGGCCUUGGAGAAGUUGAAACCGUUUCUUAAGAAAAAGAUGGCCAAGCCUAAACCGCGGACGAUCCGAGAGCGUCUGUUUCACAUGAUCGAGAACCCAAAGCAGAGCACAUUUGGAGCUGCGUUUUUCUGGCUCACUUCAGCCUUCAUUGCACUCUCUGUGACAGCGAAUGUGGUAGAACACUCCAUCUACUCUCCUGGGGAAAAGGAGGGCGAGUUCGUCUACGUCGGAGAGGCCUAUGUGACUCCGUUUUUGGUUGUUGAGGUGGCGGUCGCCAUAGUUUUCACGCUGGAGUACAUCAUCAGAUUCUACGCCGCUCCCAACCGCCUCAAGCACGUCCGUCAGUUCAUGAGCGUGGUGGACCUGGUCAGCAUCCUGCCGUUCUACAUCAGCCUCAUGCUGCCGCAGAAAAGCGCCGUCACCAGCGCCUUCGUCACCCUCAGGGUCCUCCGCGUCUUCCGCGUCUUCAAACUCGCCCGCCACUCAGAGAAGCUGAAACGACUGGGCUAUGUGGUGAAGAACAGCAUGAGAGACCUUGGCUUUCUAGUCUUCACCAUGAUGAUAACAGUCGUGCUGUUCUCUAUAAUCAUAUACCAAGCGGAGAGGUUUUCACCAGACUCGCCCUUCGUCUCGGUCCCACACACCUUCUGGUACAUCAUCGUCACCAUGGUAACGCUAGGGUACGGAGACAUGGUGGCUGUGACCAUAUUUGGCAAGAUUGUGACGGGAAUCUGCAUGAUCAGUUCCGUGAUUCUCCUAACCCUCCCCGUAACGGUCGUCAUCGGCAACUAUAACGAACUGUGCAGGUCCACGCAAGACAUGGUCUACAUCAAACGGAAGGGAUGCCGGUGUCUGGCGCCUGAGCCAAAGGCCCCUCAAACGCAAGACGAGUGCGUUGAAAAUAAUGAGGUUUCGCAUCAGCCAAUGGGGACAGAGAGCACACCCUUAAUUACUUGGUCCAGCAGCGUUUAGUUUCUGUAAACUAAACAGUGCCUAACAAAGGUUCAUCUCAAUGCCUGUACCGAUCAAAAAGUGCUAAAAAGAUAGACAAACUGACAAAUAGACAGUGGAACAUUUGCAGAAUUCAGACCCUCUUUAAUUGUCCAUUGCAAAGUACCAGCUCAGAAAAAAUUGUAAAAUUUUAAAAAGUCUGUAGUAGGGCAAGGUGAGAAUGAUAGUACUUUGCUGUGUGCAGUGGUUACAUUAAUUGUUCAUGUUUUACCAUUGUGCUACAACUGUUUGUCCUGAUUUGAAUGUGCUGCUGGUAAUAAACUAAAAGGAUGUUAAUGACCUCCACUUCAUAGCCACUAGUUUUCUUUGUUAACAACAAAUUCAAGAUUUCAGACUUGUGGAAAGUAUACAAUCCUCCACUUCCUGAAUUCCCCCUAAUAGACUUCUAAUUCCUGCUGGCUCCCGGCCAGAUUAUGUGACCUUUGUCAUUCUGCCCAUCAAUUUCCCCCACCCACGUGCUGUCAACCUACUCGAAUCCCAUUAAAAAGUACUACACAAAAUCUCCGCUCAGCCACCGAAGACAAUACAACACCUGGAAGUAAUCCCCUGCCAUGUUAACAUCAGAGAUGAGACUAGUGUCAGGUCAGGUUUCAAACAGUUUUGAAAGAGAAAAAGAACUAAGUCGCCAAACCACAUCAACUUUAACAGAAUAUGCGA